AUUGCUGUCCACUAAAUCGCCAUUGUUGACUCACCACAUGUUAUCAUGUUCAUGCGCGCGCGCUUUCUCUCGUAAGUAUAAAGCUACUAGCUCUGCCCAAUUUUUGUUUAGAACGAAUUAGCUUUGCUCCAUUGUUGCACCAUGUACGCACUGACGCCCCGCUGCAACCUCCCGUCGCUCCGUCGGGCGCCACCGCCGUGCCGGGCGGCCACGCCGACGACGCCGGCUAUAUCCGCCACACCGUCCCGCGCCGACCCGGAUGAGCUGCGGUCGACGUGGCCGCAGCGCGCGUGGACGCUGGCCGGCUCGGCCGCCGUCCUCUCCUCCCUCUCCGCGUCGGCCUCCCUCGCCGCCGACUCCGGCUCCUACGCCGAGCCGAUCGCCGCCGCGCUCGCCGCCUACUCCCUCGCCGACCUCGCCACGGGCGUCUACCACUGGCUCGUCGACAACUACGGCGACGCCUCCACGCCGCUCGUCGGCGCGCAGAUCGCCGCCUUCCAGGGCCACCACCGCCACCCGACCACCAUCACGCGCCGGGAGCCCUGCAACAACCUGCACGCGCUGGCCCGCGCCAUCGCGUUCGCGCUCCCCGCCGUGGACGCCGCGGUGACGGCCGCCCACGCGCCAGCCGCCGCGCACGCCUUCGCCGGCACCUUCGCGGCGUGCGUGGUGCUGAGCCAGCAGUUCCACUCGUGGGCGCACGAGAAGCGCCGGCGGCUGCCGCCCGGCGUCGAGGCGCUGCAGGCCGCCGGCGUGCUCGUGUCGCGCGCGCAGCACGCCGCGCACCACCGCCAGCCCUACAGCACCAACUACUGCAUCGUCAGCGGCAUGUGGAACGGGGUGCUGGACAGGAACAGGGUGUUCGAGGCGCUGGAGAUGGUCGUCUUCCUCCGCACCGGCGUCCGCCCGCGUUCAUGGGACGAAACCGACGCUGCAUGGAUGGAGGAAGCCGGCGAUGCUGCUGCAGCCACUGCCAUUGCCGGUAGCGACAGUUCGUAACAUGCACUGAUCAUGGGCUCUGACCUCUGAGUGAUGGAAUGUACAUACAUACAUACGAUUCUGUGGUAUACGGGGGGGAUGAACGGGUUUGAAUCGAAUACUUCAUCCUUGAUUCCUUGUGAUUGAAAGGUUUCAAGUAGUAAAAGAGUUUAGUUAGAUGGAACGAAAUUCAAAAUUUUAUGUAUACUUAGGUUGAUGUUGAACAGGCACUGUUCUUGAUGCACUGGAUCCAAAUCUAAAUCUUGCGGUGUAUAUGCGAAGAGAAGAAAUGCUAAAAAAAUGAUUAUUUCUA